AGCAAAACAUCACAAAUUGCCAGAUUCUUGGAUUCACCAACCGCUCGUACUUGGUCGUUUCCUUUGUCCGUAGUGUUUGGGCAUCGGGCGUGCUUCCUGGACAACAGCACUUUGAUCCCAUGGCAUAAGAUCCACACGUGCCUUGGCCUGAGUCAAGUCGGUACGGUUGCAUGGGCUUUCACAGCCACUUUGGGUCUAGCUUGCAUCCAGAUAUUCUCGGGCCCCGGAUUGAGUGGCUGUCAAUUGCAGAGAUGAGGCGCGGCAAGUCAUCAGUUGGCUCCAUGUGUUCCGGUGUUGAGAUGGAACAGACCAGACGGGCAUGUGUGCAGGAGACCAGGCCACAGGCUUUAGCAGAGCUUGGUCAUUGCCUUUGCAGAUAGACGCCAUUGUCGACCUUGUGUCUUCAAGUCUAGGAGAUAAAGAAUUGGACAUCGAUGGCUUCCAAACGUAUUUUCCAAACGGACUUCAAAAGGUCGUUCCUCAUCAACUUGUUCUCGGCCAAAGAGGCGGCGAAAAUGCGUGGACUGGGGGCCGCGGAUCGCCAGAUCGCAGGUGAACGGCAACCCUUUCGACUGCCAGGAGCCUGGGUUGAUUUCAUGCUCUCUCUCGCCGCCGUUGCAAGAGAUGGCCCAGUGAGCAGCCUCUCUCUUGCCAUGGAGGGAGUGGAAGCCUUCCUGAAGGAUGCCGGGCUGUCCGAUUUCCUUCAGGCCCUGUCAGAUCUGGGAGUGCGGAGUCUGGAGGACCUGAAGGAAUUGGAGCCGGACGACCUGGAGGAGAUCGGGAUGAAGAAGCUCCAGAAGAGGCGCCUCGCCCGCACCCUUGGCGCCAGUGAGCGCGACGCCGAGCCGCCGGAGAAGCGGCCGCGCCUGGAGAAGCCCGUGGCGCGGCCCGGCUUCGCCAGCCGGCAGCCCACCCAGGAGCCUCGCAGCGAAGUUGUGGACGACCCGGCCGAGGGCAAGGAUGGCACAGAUGCCAACGUCAACAAGGUGGAGCUGAACGCCGACAUCCUGGAGCAGCUGAACAGCUUGGGCCAGGAGGAGGCAGCUGAUGUAAUCAUGUCUGAUGGCGACCUGGACUCCGACUUCGAAAUCAUCGGCAACGAUGGUGAUGGGGUCGCUCAGCUCAUCGGUCUGCAGACGGACCUCCAGGACGACAUGCACGUGGCGAAGCUGGUGACCAGCCUGGAAGGGGUCGUGGCGCUCUGCAAGAUGCUGGGGGAUGGCGGCGCCUGUGCCGCCCCCAAGCUGAAGGUAAGCUUCGAGAAGCUGGAAAAGGCGGGCAAGCUGCCGAUCGUCGGCGUGCUGGGAGAGCAACCCGCGAUCCGCGGCUUCCUUGAGAGCUUGCAGGUGGCCCCACAAGCGAUGGCAGUGCUGAAGUCGGUUGGGCUCUACGCGCUUCAUCACCACCAGCGUCUGCUGCUUAUUGUGUGGCCAGCCCCUGCUGGCUUCCAGGAUGCCGCGUAUCGCCGGCCCAUGGUCAGCUUCGUCCAUUUCCUGCUGCAGCUGACCUCGGAUAUCAUUUGGCUGGUUGGAGAGAAGGACUUGCAGGCGGUGCAGACUCGCAGAGACGCUGUGCGGUCAGUCACUUCAAGGAACCUGGACAUUCAGAUUGGCAUGAGGGCUGCCAGCGAAGAUGAUUGCACGCUGGGAUCACGAUUCCGAUUGUCUAUCCCAUCUGCAGUCAAUGCACAGGAAGUACGGAUAUGCAGUAGCAGGCAUCGUGCCUCUCUCAGCAUGCUUAGGGUACAAGCUGCUGGUCAGCACGAAGUUCCGUUUCAACGGUCAGACACCAUCACAAACUUCUUCCGCGAGGUGAAGGAUACCCAUGCAGUGCACUUUCACCCUGAAUUGCAGCUGGAGCAUUGCGGACAGUUCCUUCAAAUGGUAUCUCCCCCGAACUUCGACCAAAUUCAGGGCGAGCACCAGGAGAAAGCGCGCCUUCUUGCCACUCAAAGACGGGAGCAGGAGCAAGCGAUAGAAGAAUCUGAGAGUCAGAAGAGAGAGGAGCUCUACUACAUGCUGAGGGAAGCCGCACGAGCAGAGGUCCUGAAUAAGUUCACCACGGAGUUCUUUGUGCUGAUGUCUGAAACCGAGUGCGUCGUGUGCCUUAGAAGGCUGGAUGCGGAUAGUGUCCGACUUCGCUGUGACGCGAGCCAUAUCCUGCAUCGACAGUGCCUAGCGCGACAUUUGGAGACAAUGCCCCAUUGUCCGAUAUGCAGGAAAGGUGUCGCUGGCGAUAUCACGGGGUCGGUGUUGGAUCUGGUGGACAGAGAGGCAGUUUCGCGUUUGUCAAGGCAGUUUCCCGCCCAGCAGGAUCAUCCACUUGUGGGCUCAUGGAAAUGCAGUGACAAGAAGGACAAUUUUGUGAUUCUUGAGGAGGGAGGUCAUUUGAUCCUCAAGUUCCGCAAUCAAACCGGCAGGAUCACAGCUGGCACUGGUAUGGGAAGGGAUUUCUGGUAUGCAAAUAUGGAAAUGCCGAAUUCUGUCUCUGUGGGUACCAUCCGCAUCAAACACAGCGGCGAUGAGAACCUUUCUUUUUGGUGGCGCAGUUCCGGCUCACUACACAAGGAUUGGGGAGUUGCAAGGACAGCGUGCAAAGAUCCACUUUUGGCGCGCCUCUGCGAUGCAGCAGUUGAAGGCAUUAUGAAGCGAACCCGAGCAAUGUUCACUAGGCUAAAGCUCAUGUAUACAUUUGCCGAAGUUGCUCAUGCAAAGGAUUGGCUGAAAGCCGCAAAACUUGACUUGGCGGACACUGAACGAGAAAUGCUCCUGCAGUCUUUGGAGGACGACAAGGGUGUCUUCAACAAAUGGUACGAGAAGCUGGUUCCCUCUGCAUCUCCAUCUUUCACCUCAAAAGUUUUCGCCAUUGUUGCUAGCACUGGCAGCAAUGCACCAAAGGAGCUUAGCAUGCAAGACGUGACUCGGCUUUUGCAGAAAAAGCUGGAAAGUGGCAGUGCUAAGGACGAGCAGUACAUCAGAGCAAUCCAUUCAUGUAGAGAUGACUUGAACAGCUGUUUGGAAAAGCGGUUGAGGGAGAUGGCGGACUUUAUGUUCCGACAUCACACUUCAAUUAGUUUUACUCACAAGAAGCAAUCUCUACGAGCAGACUUUGUGAUUCGCGAGCAAGCGCUCAGCAGGGAGCUUCAGUUUGCAUACAGCAAGGCUAUGCAGGCAUUGGCUCCGGAGAAGGCGCUCAAGAUGACUCUUGCCAAAAUGACCCAACGCCUUUCGGGCACUUUUGUUUUUGAGGGUAGAAUGGAGGUCAUCGGCGAGCCAGAGCUCUAUUGUGGCAUGCACAAUUUGAAGGUUGAAAAGGAGCACUUUGAGCAUGCAGUCGCUGCCGGCAAAGAUUUGCGGGUGGAACUAGAGCGGCUCACGCCGUCAGAUCUUCGGUUUGGCACCAAGAGGCCUGAAGGUGUUUUGCAGGCAGGAUGCUUGGGCAAGGAUCGCGCGUUCGCCGUGUGCUACAGUGACAGGGGCAAGAGCGUCAAAUUCACCUCUCACUCUAAGUUGAAUCGGCAGGAGUUGCUCCACGUGAAGCGAGAUGUUGAUGCCAUUGCCUUCAGUGAACAGUUGCGGAUGCUGGCCGUGUACUCACCCGAAUCCAGGCAAGCAGGCAUUUAUGCUUGGGAUGAGCAGUUUGGACGACAUCACGAUUACUGCGCACCGAUCCCCUUGGACAACCACCUUCCCGACGCAGAGUUGGUACAAAUGCAUUUUCUUCCCGCUACCAAGCAGCUCUGCUUUGUCUUCCGCUGCAACACAGUAAGGAUCUUCGAGCUUGUCCCGAAGUGCAUGCGUCCGCGAGGCUUCUCGAUCACACCCAAUGUGAAGUCUUUCGUGGAUUCUGUCGGCACAGCUCUUCUGGCACUGCACAAGGACUCAGAUGCUGAGACGACAUGGAAGAUGGACAUCUUUCUGCCCGCGGACGGGCGGAAGAUCAAGACCUUGACGCUGCCCCUCACAGGCUGCGUUGCGCCGCCUUGCGUGGACAUCGUGAGGCUCUACGGGGCAGACUUCCUGGUGGCUGUAGACCCUGCAAUUCGUGAGCUGCAUGGCUGGCACUUCAAGCUGCAAACCGCCGAGCAGAUCUGUUCCAUGGAGCAGCUGGGAAGUGCAGAGGCCGAUGUCCAGCCAGGCUUACCGCUCACCACGCCCUUGGACAUGCUCAGUCAAGUCCUCUCCAAGUUCACGAGCCAGCCGGCGCUCAGUGGAAUGAAUCCUGCUCCACAGACGACUCGUCUCACCGUGCUUGGUGCACAAGCUUUCGAUGAUGCGGCACCUACGGCGGAAGUGGGAAGCUACAUCUCCAAGCUUUUGGCCAAGCUCAAACAAGACACACAGAAGCCCUCGCUGGAGUCCUUGCACAUCGAAACUACAUUUCUUCCCAUGGCAUGCGCAGAUCCUAUGUGGGCGGUCGAUGUGGUGGCUGGCAUGACGGCUACAGAUUUGAGCCUGACGCAGUUUGUCCGCAGCAUGAUUUGCAUGGUGCCUAUGCAAAUCGCGCGGGCCGAGAAUGAGUCGUUUAUUAUCCUCAAAGAUGGUUUGCGGGAGGACGUCAGCGAUUUCAGCCAUGUCAACGAGCUGGCUGGCUUCAUCUCUUUCGGUCUCUACGAGCUGAUUCUGGAAAGCAACGAGAAUCCGGUGGUUGUGAUUUCCAGCAUGGGCAAGCAGUCAACCGGAAAAUCCUACAUGCUCAACCAUUUGGCAGGAAGCUGCUUUGAUACUGCUGGGGGCCGAUGCACUGACGGGGUUUGGAUGACCCUGCGAGAGUUGCCAGACGUGACAUACAUCCUCUUGGACUUCGAGGGGCUGGGCUCCUUUGAGCGCUCGGCGCAGGAAGACAUGCUGCUCUCUGUCUUCAACGCUGCCAUCUCCCAUGUCUCUCUCUUUCGCACCGAGAACCGCCUGGACUGCGACACUGCCAACAUCUUCUCCCGCAUGCAGCAGGGCGCCAAAUUGAUUCAGGGAGACGAGGAGCUCUUCAACGGUAUGUUUCAGAUUGUCGUGAAGGACGUUGUGUCAGAUGCCAAAGAGGUUGCCCAGGAGUUCAAGCAAAAGAUUCAGCACAUUGUGGCACGGGAUAAGGAAGACAAUUUCUUCCUGCGUCUCUACAAGGGUCGCGUGGGCAUCCUUCCGUUUCCCGCGCUGGGCCGGCUGGAGUUCUACAGGGAGUUCGCUUCUCUGACCGAAAAGGUCCAGGCCGCGCAGGCCUCCGGAAGAUGCUUUGAAAGUGGCCGACAGUUUUUGCGGAACACGAAGCUGCUUAUGUCAAAGAUUGCUAUGAAAGAUUGGACUCCUACAGAUCAGAACAAGAUCAAGAUGCUCCUGUCAGGCCUCAGUGAGUGCAUGGGGCCUGCUGUGGCUGCAGGCUGCAUGGCGCUCACGGAGGAUGGUGCGACACCUUUGCUCCACCUCCGAAGCAACAAGACCUUUGUGACGCCAGACGCUUCCAUGGAUGCUGAGCCAGAGUUCGUGAGCUCUGUCCUCUCCACACUGCCAGAUGAAGGCCUCCUGCUUUCCAUUGUGGUGGAGGAAAACGGCUCCUGGGACAUCCGCGUCACUCGCGAGAUCAUGGCUGAUUUGGAGUCGAAAGUCAACGCUGUGCGAAGUUGCAGCGCCGAUGAGCUGUCCAGGGCACUUCAUGCUCUUGCGGCGCGGCGUCAGCAGCGCAUUGUCGCUUGGCUAGAGUCCAACCUGGAGCACAUCGCUAAUGAAGGCGAUGCCCAGCGUUUGAUGAUGCAGACCAAGACGUUGUUGGCCAGGCUGUUGCAGCGACUGCGGCUCUGCGGCAUGGAUUGUGGGCAGUGCCGGCUACCGUGUGCGCUGCCUUGGGAUCACGACCUCCCGCACGACUGCGGCACGGACCACCGGUGCCACGCUUUCUGCCACUACUGCCAGGAGUCCGGGCGCGCCGCCGCGUGCCAGCAGAGCGCCGGGCAUGCGGAGAACCACGACUGUGGGGACGCCUCCCACACCUGCGGCCAGGAAUGCUCGCUGUCCCUGCUGGGCAACUGCGGCGGGCGCUGCGUGCUGAAGCCUGGGCACUCAGAGGACCAUUUGUGCGGGAGCUUGCGGCACCACUGCGGCAAGCCUUGCGGCCUGUCAACGUGUUCCAACACUUGUGUGCUGCCAUUCGACUUGAUGCACGAGCAGUGCGAGUGCCACGUCAUCGUGUGCCCGAACAAGUGCUCCUUCCCCAACUGCAGCUUCAUGUGCUCGGUGUCGGACCAUUUCCAUGCAGACGGUCGAGCCGACUGCAUGUGCGACCAGCCGCAUCAAUGUCCUCACGAGUGUCAGUCCACAGGCAUUUGCGAGAUCUAUUCUGAGCUUGUGGUCAAGAAGCAGAAGUUCACUGGCAAGCACGACACCUUUGACUACGAUGCCAUAGAGACAGAGCAGAACGGAGUGCGCAAGACCUGUUGCAAGGUCAUCCCAGCCAAGAGCCGCGAGCACGAGGGCGAGCACAUCCAUUCCACCACCGAGAACUUGGUCCAUUACUGCGACGAGAAAUGCCCCACCUGCGGCUACUACUGCACCUUGCCUUGGGGCCACUCGGGGGACCACGACACCCGUCAUGGGAACAUGCGGAGGACCUACUUCGUCUCGGAUCAGGAGGUGUUCACACUGGGCUCGCGCAAGUAUGCGCCUGCGGAGUCAGGGGUGGCCGAGAUGUGCAACAUGUACUGCCACCGGGCCGGGCGUGGGCACACACAUGUGAAGCUCUGUGCAGACUACUCCCAAGGGCGGGAUGAAUGUUGCAUUUCUGCCAUGCCUGGGCGGCGGCAUUCGAGCCGGCGGUACAAGCCCAAUCCGGAUGAGCCCAAGGAUGAGUUCACCCAUGCAGCUUUUUGGGAGAGCAUCAGCUUUCGCGACCCCUGCUCCAAUGAGGACAUCGACCUGUUCGGCAAGUGCAACCACUUCUGCCCGCAUGAGUCGCACCUGAAGGAUGGCGAGCAGCCAUCCUUCUGCACGCUUCCCUUGUGGCAUGCGGCGCUUACCAAUGAAGAAGGCAAGUUCCAUGUUGUGCAACAUGGCGGCAUAGUGUCGCCUGAUGGGCAUCACUUCGCAUGUUCUCACCGCACUGGCCUUCCGGUGCACACAAUCAUUUUAUUGGACAAAUCCACAUCCAUGAAUGCUGGUGAUGCAAGGCCACAGGUGUGGCCUUGGCGCAAAUUGCAUCCCAACCGUUUGGGCUGCGCUCUGGCUGCCGUGCAAUCCUUUGUGGAGAAACGGCGGUACGGCAGUGAGCAAGAUCUUGUCUCCGUCAUCGCCUUUGAUGUCCAGGCUUACAACGGCCCAACAGCUGUUCCAAUAUUGCAGUUUGACAGCACAGACCAAUGGCUUCAACGUCUACGGCCGAGCGGCGGGACCAGCUUUGCGCAGGCUGUGAACGCGAUCAGCCCCUGCAUUCAGCAGACUCCGGCAGGUCACCGUUGCUUGGUGCUCUUUUUGUCGGAUGGUUGGGAUAGGUACCCACGGGCAGAGCUGAGCAACCUCUUUGCCAAUGCGCAAACGCAUGCCGAUGGCGAGCCGUUGUGCUUCCACACUCUACAGUUCCCUGCGGGCCAGGAGAGCGGAAAGGCGGUCCUGGAGGAGAUGGCGGCGGCGGCUCGGCAGGCGGCGCAGCACGAGGACUUCGCCGCGCGCAGCAGCUACAUGGCCUCCGUGGAUGGCAUCUCGCUGCAGGAGGCCUUCGUGGGAAUCGCGGCGUCCCUCUCUGCGCCCGCCGGCGGCUUGAUCUCCGGCUGAGGCUGAAGGAACUGAAGGAUUUAGGCGUAGAACCUGCAGAUGCAGUUACUUUGGGGUUUUGCAAGCUGCACUGUGCAAGGGAUGGGGGACAGAUCAAAAGCCGCAAUGUGGUUUGCUUGUUUCCGAUUCUGAAGUAAACCAUGUGAGUCCAGAUGCUGUACCUUUAUUCCCUCAAUGCAUGAAUGGAGCUUUAGUAUUAGCCGUAGCCAUGCAGCAUGAACCGAAGCUCGUAUUUUAAGUGCUGCAAGUGCUACGGGGGGGUCUUUUAGCUGGCCGAGCAUGCUUGAGCCUGGAUACAAUUCGAACGGUUUG